CUGCUUGUGUCUUUGGCUGCCACUGUUUGAAUCGGUGGGAGGGAGAGCUGGGCAGAGACGGGGGCGAGUACAUCAAAGACGAUGGCCUGCGAUGUCGCCGCCGACGAGCCACCUACCAUCCCCACAGUACAGGAGCUUCACGCGCCCGACAAGCUACCCGUCAUCCCCAGCGUACAGGAGCUUCGUGCGCCCGACAAGCCCCACGCCGUCUGCACCGUACAGGAGCUCCGCGCGGGCGACGCGUCCUCCGCCAUCGGCAGGGCCCCCGAUCUCUGCGCCGAUGACGC